GAAGUGGGCGAGUAGUUCGCUCAUCCAGGGUUCACUGGACAAUACGAAUAUGACAUCAUGCUACUGAAGUUGAAGAAGAACGCCACGCUGAAUAAGUACAUGAGGACCAUGAGACUGCCCAAGAAGAACGGGGAAACACCCGCCAACAUUAAAUGUGCUGUGGCCGGCUGGGGACUAACCAAAGCUAAUGGAUCUCGUUCAAAUGUCCUAAAAGAAGCCACAGAGAAGAUGCAGUUCAGCACUGAGUGCAAACACAUUUGGCAAAAACACUUUAACUCUGGUCACAUGAUAUGCACCAAGUUUUCCAGACGGGACGGAGGCGUUUGCCAGGGAGACUCUGGUGGGCCACUUAUCUGCAACACAAAGCCUCAGGGUAUAACAGCCUUCACCUGGGCAGAGGACUGUAAUAAUCCACAGUACCCGCAUGUCUAUACUAAAGUCAGCUCCUUCAUCCCGUGGAUCAAGCAAACAAUGGAGGAGCAGGAAUGAUGCACGAGUCAGAGGAGCAGUAAAGCAUAUGUUCUAAAAACGUGUGGUCUCAUUUAUGAUGGUGUAAUAAAAAGCUCAAAGCAUGCCUCUUCA